UGUGAUCAGAAAUUAACAUCUCUGCUGCGUGGCCCCCCAAAAAGAGACGCUCUUGUCCCAAGCAAAGAUAAUAUUUGGUCUCAAGGAUUCGUUGAUUACACCAAAGAUUAACACAUUAUUCGUGAUUUCCUUUUAGUUUAUUUAUCGUCCUUAUCUGGAUAGUGCAAAACCUAUUAAAGUAUUCUGUAUAGAAGAGAAAUGGCGCCGCUAGAAAAAUACUCACGAAAUGAUGUGAAAAAUCAUAAUGAUUCUAAUAGCACGUGGCUGAUAAUAGAAAACAAAGUUUACGAUGUCACAACCUUUCUCAAUGAGCAUCCUGGGGGAGAGGAAACAAUUUUGGAAGAGGCUGGGAAAGAUGCCACGGAAGCCUUCAUAAGUGCAGGUCAUUCCUCAGAAGCUAGAGAAAUGUUAAGAAAAUAUGAAAUAGGAGAACUGAUUGAUUCAGAGAAAACUAAAAAAGGCACAAGAAUUCCAAACAUCUUUGGAACUGGAAGGAUAGUAUCACAGGUUAUAUUUGUUGCUUUGACCGUUGGAGUCUUCAUUGCUAUCAGAAUGUACCAUUCAUCACGUAAUUAAUGAAAUAUUUAUUGUUACCUCACAAUGAGCAGUAGUGUAAAAUACCUAAGAAAUUAUGAAAUAUUUCAUUCACAGCUGAUUUAUUGAAUUUUCUGCAUUUAUUCAGUAUUGGAUGGAGUUCUAUUUUAUGUAAAUAUAUUUAUACAUAAUACUCAAGAAUGUAAUAAAAAAAAACC